ACUUUUUAUAAAAGUAAGAUAUGUAAUUUUGAAACUACUCCAAAUUAUUACAAUAAAUAACGAUAACACGAUAGUGUAAAUUACUAUAUACUCCAUACAAAAAAUUAUAACAUUACUCAUAUGAAAUAAUUAGUGAUACAAUUUUUAUUUUUUUAAUUUGACGGUCAUAUAACUUAUUAAACUCAUGCCGAAAUAUGACAAGUAGGGGGGAUUUGAAUGUUCAGAGAGUCACGCACAAUGAUAGAUCCGAAGCUUUAUCUAUAGAUUUACGUAGUUUUUACUCAUAUCUUAAAUAUGUAUUAAAAAAUUUAAAGUUCAUUAAACAAUUCAUAAAUUUCAAAUAUGAACUUUAAAUCUUGAAUUCAUCUCCGUAACUCUGAUGGAGAUCAAGACCCAUUCUUUUUCCAUUGAAUGUUCAAACUCAUAACUAAUGGUCUUUGGUCCACGCCAUUGAAGUCCACAAGUUUAAUUGCGACAAGGCGGCCAGAGUCUUAGCUUAGCUUCUUUUGAACUUCUCCAUAGUCUCAUAAGCCGCCCAUCUUGGGAGUCUUUUGGUGACUCUACUUUUCAUUUACCUUCCACUGUCACAAUCAACCUUAGACUCCAUUCUCAGCUUCUUCCCAUUUUCUUUACAACUUUUAAACUCCCUAUUCACCUUCUAAUAAGACCCAAGUUUCGUAUUUUUUCAACUAAAAUUGCAUUUCUCUCUUCACCUCUAAACCCUCUUUACAAAGCUUGCAACUUUUCAGAGUAUACUCAAUAGUUCCUUACUGGGUUUUAGCUGAAUCCUUUACAUGUUAUUGGGUUUCACUCUAAAAUUUCAAUCUUGGUCAAAAAUUUGCUCCCCCAAAAAUUUUCAAGAAUUCGCUCUGGUCUUUGAUUGAGAAGCGUCAUACAAACCUCCCUGGUUGAUAUUACAAUAAGUCAGUUAGUCAAGAUUCGAUCCUCUGGAAAACUAAAAGCAUUUAGCUUUCCUGAAAAAAAAAAAAAAAAAAAAGUAAACUUACGGAAGCAUCUAUCUCUGUCACGCCUGUCGAAUUUGAUAGGAUUUUCAGAAUCUGCAAACUCAAAAAUCAGUCUUUUUGUUUCAGAUUCUUAAUAAAAAGUUGUUUAAAAAUGGGAAGUGGCAAAUUAGGUGACUCAGGUAUGAUUGCGCUUAUCGCUAAGAUCAUGAUGGCUGUCAUCAUGUUUCUCUUCCUUGUAGUACUCUUAGUAUUCUUCCUUCACUUAUACGAGAAAUUUUUCGGGCGUCACCGGCAAGAAGACGACGGCACAAGGCGACGCCGCCGUCGCCGGUUAGACUUUGCUGGUGGUUAUCAAGAAAUGAAUGCCAGACGCAGAGGCCUUGACCCUUCUAUCCUUAAAACUAUUCCUAUAAUUCCAUUUAAUACUAAGGAUUUUAAAGAUGGAUUGGAAUGUUCUGUUUGUCUUAGUGAAGUUUCUGAAGGUGAAAAAACAAGACUUCUGCCUAAAUGCAAUCAUGGAUUUCAUGUUGAUUGUAUUGACAUGUGGUUUCAAUCACAUUCCACGUGUCCUUUAUGCCGAAACACUGUAGAGUCGAAUUCUGAGGCCAUUAGUGCACCAGUAGAAGAAGGUUCAGCUUCGACAGAGAUGCGAAAUGUACCAACUAAUGUUUUUUUUUGGGGAGAUGAGAGUACGACUAGUACUACUACAUCAACAGCAUCAACAAGUAAUAGGCCGGAUGGGAGUUUGGUUAUUGAAAUUCCGAGACUGGCUAGUACUGAAGGUGAAGAAGACCAGAAAACACCAACACUGACAAGAUUGAGAUCUUUGACGAGGCUUUUAAGCAGGGUGAAUCCUUGUAGUCCUAGAAAUGUAGAUAUAGAACAAGGAAGCAGGGGCCAAAGCUAAAUAUUGGUGAUUUCUGGAAUUUCCAGAAGUAUAAUUUAUUACUUAGGUUAUAGUUAAUUGAUUGAUUGAUUCUUGAUGCAGAUGAGAAUUUGUCUGGAAUCUUUAGAUAAUUAUGUAUAUGUAAUGCUAGAUUGUAUAUGUGUAAAACAAAUUGCAAGGGCCAAGGGGCUUCUCUGUUUGAGAAUUGGGGAGAAUCUAUCUUCUCUUACGGGAGAGUAUUAGGAAUUUUUUUAGUUAUUAAUGCGAGUAUUCAUAUGUUGUAUGGCUUCUAAAA